AUGAAAGCCUUGGAGCCCAAAGAUGGCAUCACAGGCAUCUUCAAGAUGAUGUCGCUCUCAAUUUUUGCAUUCUGCUGCCAGCCCAAUGUGCCCUCCAUCUACACCGAGUUGGAGCAGAGGAGCUACAAGCGCAUGCAGAAAGUAUCGGUUCGUGCUAUGUUGCUUUGCUGUUUCGUGUACUUGUUGAUGGGUGUCACUGGUUUCUUGGCCUUCGGGGAACGGACGGACGGCAACGUCUUGGGGAAUUUGCAGCUGCUUGGGCGCAGCCAUUGGCGCAGCCAUUGGAUGGUGUCAUUGGGUGGUGUUAUAGUGGCGCUGUUAUAG